AUAUAAAUAUAGCGCUUAUUAACCAAUCACCACAAGGGCGAGAUGCCGGAGUAUUGCGUAACAGGUGGCACAGGCUUUAUAGCCGCAUACUUGAUCAAAUCUCUGUUAGACAAAGGCCACACCGUCAGAGCCACUGUAAGAGAUCCAGAUUCUGAAAAGGUUGGCUUUCUGAGAGAGUUUAAUGGAGCCAAAGAGAGAUUAAAGAUUUUAAAAGCUGAUUUGUUGGUGGAAGGAAGCUUUGAUGAGGCAAUCCAAGGCGUUGAUGGUGUCUUCCACACUGCAUCACCAGUUAUUGUUUCUUAUGAUGAUAACGUUCAGGCAACUCUGAUAGAUCCAUGUAUAAAGGGAACCUUGAAUGUGCUUAGCUCCUGCACUAAAGCUACUAGCGUGAAACGAGUAGUGCUCACCUCUUCUUGCUCUUCUAUUAGAUACCGAUAUGAUGUCCAGCAAGUUUGCCCUCUUAAUGAGUCACACUGGAGUGACACAGACUACUGCAAACGCUACAAUCUAUGGUAUGCAUAUGCAAAGACUAUAGGGGAGACAGAGGCAUGGAGAAUAGCAAAGGAAAGUGGGAUUGAUUUAGUGGUGGUGAAUCCAUCUUUUGUAGUUGGUCCAUUGCUUGCUCCACAACCUACCAGUACCCUGCACCUUAUAUUAUCCAUUGUUAAAGGUUCUCUAGGACAAUAUCCAAACACAACAGUGGGUUUUGUGCACAUAGAUGACGUGAUAGCUGCUCACAUAUUAGCAAUGGAGGAUAGCAGAGCAUCAGGCAGGCUAGUAUGCUCAAGUUCAGUUGCUCACUGGUCAGAAAUAAUAGAAAUGUUGAGGGCUAAAUAUCCCUCUUAUCCAUAUGAAAACAAGUGUAGCAGCCAGGAAGGAGACAACAAUCCACAUAGCAUGGACACCACCAAGAUUACUCAGCUGGGAUUCCCUCCUUUCAGAACACUUGAACAGAUGUUUGAUGAUUGCAUCAAGAGUUUCCAAGACAAGGGAUUUCUCUAAAACCCCACAACUCUUUUUGUUAUGUAUUUCCCUUCAAAAACUGAUGUUUGAAAAAUAAAUAAUUAAUAAUUGUAUUCUUCUAGGGCAAAACAAAUUCUUCUACUCUAGGGCUUUUAUUUUAUAUCACCGCUUGGGAUUAAUGUUUGUUCCUCAGCCCCCAUUCCUCA